GAGGCACGAUCCACGAGCACAACGGGUUUCCAGAACCCGAGAAGAGCAACGAGAGUGGAGUGGAGUGGAGACGACGAUGCGUCCGAGGCCGAGAGGAUUGAUGCUUCUUCUCCAGCAGCAUCACGCCAUUGCGCUGCUGGCUGGAGGCAAGAGGCGUAAAUGAAAAUGUCUCAUGUCUCGGGGUAAGCCAAAACGUAGUCAUCUGAUACGGUCGAGAAUGUCCGCCAUAGUGUAUCAUGUGCGGCAAGGCAGGGAGGGAGGGAGAUACAGUCCGGGCAUGGACUAGGGCCAGCGGGAGGCUUUCUAUGUCGCAUGCUCGAGUAAAUGAGUUACGUCGCUGCGCCAACUGUUGAUCUGGGAGAAGGCGCCGUAUGAUCCACGAGUCGGGCUCUGAAGCUGCCCUCAAUCGCAGGGGCGCACUGCGCAAACUCUCGCCUCGGUCGAGCAGCGGAACGUGAAGCAAAAUCUGGACUGGGAGGCAAGAGUUCUGAUUGACGCGGAGAGCAGGAGAGCAGGAGUAGGAGGAGUUGUUCCGAAUGUGAAUAUGCUCACGGCGCUUGCUUGCGUCCAUCGACGAGAGCAAGGGGUGAGAUUCGACCAUGAAGUGAGAGAAGGCAUGCAUACGUGGUCUGUACAUGUCAGGAAAGUUUUCCUAAACCAUCACCCGUCCAUCCACCUCACCAUUUCCCUCCGUCACCAGAUUCACGGCAACUCUGCUCAAAUUUGGGCCUUUUCUGCGCCCAUAAUGCUACGUACGUACGUCGUUCGAUCAGCAUCCAUGUCUGACGUGUGGUGAUUGUAUGAAAGGGGACACGUAGAAAUGAUGUGGUUACUGUCAGUGGAGGACUAUUUCAUCUGAGUUUCAACACCAAUCUCCCGACCCGAUAAUUACAUUUCGUCCAGCAUAUUCGUCUCGUUUAUUCUCGGUAUCAUUGAACCGGUUACACAGACGAUAAUAAAGGAUACAUGGGUGACCGCGGGGCUUACUGCUGAUUGAUGACAAUGGCAAGAGCUUUUGCGGGAAGAGAGAGCCACACGUAUAUCAUGACACAUCUGCAUGUCACUUACAGUAUCACUGUAAGGGGGACCUACAUCGAAUUUUUCCCCUGGAGGAAAGACCGUUGACGGAUCCUUCGCAGUCUAUCGUCCGCUGUCUGCCUGAGAGAUGUAGGUUAGAAAUAUCGCCCGGGCCGGUCCAUGAGUGAAGAGAUUUUUCCUGAGACGCCACCGUGCGUGCAAAUGUUGUGCAAAUGAUGAAAUCUCGCUGCGCUUUGUCAGUAGAGUGGCACACUCUCUCAAUUCCUUCAGUUGUUACAAAAAAGUGUUGACGUCAACGAGGAAAUUUCCC